GCUUUUUGAGUUCCACAAAGAAACUCUCGUCUUUUUUUUUUGCGUUUUUUCUGAAAACGUAACAACCGAAAAUGACUGCUAUCGUUCUCGGAGGUGGUUUGUCCGGUAUGGCUGCGGCCAAUACCGUUAUGGAAAACGGCGGCAAGGUUGUGCUGCUGGACAAGUCCGCGUUCUGCGGUGGUAACUCGACCAAGGCCACCAGUGGAAUCAACGGGGCUAACACCAAGGUAUUAAUACAACACACUUGGGAUUUAUUCACUUGGAUUUUGUUCGGGAAUUUGCAUGUCUCAUUCAAACUGCAAGCUUACGCUUGCAAUUUAAGAUGUGAAACCAAGAUGAUGGAUCAAGUCUGUCAUGCCUAAACCACUUACCAAUACCACUACAGACCCAACGCGCCAAUGGAAUUGAGGAUUCCGUGGAGCUGUUUACCAACGAUUGCUUGAAGGGUGGUGCGAAGAAGCCGGAGUUGGUCAAGGUAUAAUAUGUGACUUUUGCAAUACAACUUUGAGCUCUCAUUAGUCAUAUGCAUUCCAAACUUGAACUUUUACAGAACAGCUACGACAACGCAUCAUGCAAAAUUCUGCAAUACAAAAAAAGGUCCUCGCCGAAAAUUCUGGUCCGGAUUGCGACUGGUUGAUGGACGUGUUCGGUCUGGACCUCUCUCUGGUCGCCCGUCUGGGUGGUCACUCCGCCCCGCGUACCCACCGUGGUAAGGAGCGCUUCCCGGGUAUGACCAUCACCUACGCCUUGAUCCAGAUGGUGGAGAAGAUCGCCGAGAAGACCAACGGGUCCGUGGCAAAGGUCGUCACCAAGGCGAAGGCCACCAGCUUGAUCUUCCAGGGAGGCAAGGUCGUCGGGGUCAACUACGAAAAGGGUGGCUCCAUGCUGAAGGAAAUGGGACCGGUCAUCAUCGCCACUGGCGGGUUCGGCGCCGACUUUUCCCAGGACUCUCUGCUAGCCAAGUACCGCCCGGACUUGAUGCACUUGCCCACCUCGAAUGGCGAGCACUGCACCGGUAGUUUAAAUUUCCAGCUCGUCUGCUGUACAACCUUAAGAGAAUGAUGAUCGUUAUUUUUGAAGAUGGGUCGUGUUCAUCUACUGCUCAUCACAGUAGAAUGAAAACAAUACCAUCAAAUCCGCAGGUGACGGUAUCAAGAUGGGUGAAGCCAUUGGUGCGCGGACCAUCGAUCUGGAGUGGGUGCAGGUCCACCCGACCGGUUUGGUGAACCCCAAGGACCCCGAUGCGAAGGUGAAGUUUUUGGCCGCCGAGGCGCUGCGCGGUGUCGGUGGUUUGAUCUUCGAUGCCGAUGGCAACCGGUUCGCCAACGAGUUGGGUCGCCGCGACUACGUCACCGGGGAGAUGUGGAAGAACAAGGGACCCUUCCGUCUGUGCUUGAACAAGGUAAAACUGUAAAUACAUUUUAUGUGCAAUUUGCGGGCAUGCAUGAUCAGUGCCUCUCCAGUAACAGUCAGAAAAAUGCCAUCACGCUUGAACAUCUCUCUCCAAAAAAACAAGCGUAGUCAACAUCAUAACCACCUCCACCUAAAACCUCAGGCUGCCUCCGAAGAAAUCAUCUGGCACUGCAAGCACUACACCGGGCGUGGCGUGAUGAAGUUCUACGAGUCUGGUGCCGCUCUCGCAAAGGACCUCGGUGUUCCGGUGGAGCGCAUGGCUGCCGCCCACGAGGCCCACUACCAGGCUGCGAUGAAGAUGGAGAAGGAUCCGGAUGGUGGCCCGUUCCCGGCCUACCCCAGCGGCAAGACCUGGGACGAGCCGUCCGGCAAGACCGGGUCGGGAAAGAAGUUCUUCCACAACAUCAUCCCGGGCUCCCAGUUCGCCUCCGAGCCGUUUUACGUCGCGAUCAUCACCCCGAUUAUCCACUACUGCAUGGGCGGUUUGGAAAUCACCACCAGCUCCGAGGUGGUUGGCGCGGGCGGAAAAGUCAUUCCGGGUCUGUACGCGGCGGGUGAGGUGAUGGGUGGCGUCCACGGAAACAACCGGUUGGGCGGCAACUCGUUGCUGGACUGCGUGGUCUACGGUCGCGUCGCGGGAAAGGCGUAUACUUUUAGAGCAUAUUUUUUGAUGUUUCUCAUGCAUGAUUGACAUGACGCUUUCGCUCUUUAGUGCAACGAUCGCCUGACCUACAUUCCCUGCGUGACAGCCAUCUGCGGCCGUUUACAAAGGGGGAGGCAAAGUGUGCCGCACUUCUGUUUAGCAUGACAAGAUCAAGAAAGAUCCUGAAUCAAAAACCACCUCAACAACAGCUGCGCCCAGUAUAUGCUCGGUUCGUCGUUGAAGGCUACCUCGUUGCGCGAGCUUUCUGGUGGCGGUAUCUCCGGCGGCGGUACCGAGAAGUCCGCCCUGUCCGGUGGUUCUUACGAGGACGAGCCGAACAAGGGUGCUCCGGCGGCCGCGGGUGCGGGAAGCGGUGGCUACACCCUGGCGGAAGUCGCCAAGCACACUACGGAGCAGGGUAAUAUAUAACAUCGAUUUUCAUGCAUGAUAGUGAUAGAUUGUUUGCUUCGUGGUACAAACUCUGCAAUGUAAAUCGAAGAUGCACACCACGAGUUAAACUUAAAUUUUUGUUGCGGAAUCCGCCGUGCAAGUGCAUGAGCAUGAUGUUGCUGGACCACAAUAUAUUGACGAGAUCGCUGACGACAUACUUACAAAAUGAUCAAAACAACUAAAAACAGACUGCUGGGUCGUGGUGAACGGCCAGGUCCUGGAUGUGACCAAGUUUCUCCCGGACCACCCCGGUGGUGCGCUGGCGAUCCUGACCUUCGCGGGUAAGGACGCAACCGAGGAGUUUAACAUGAUCCACCCCCCGGAUGUGAUUGGAAAGUACGCCCCGGACGCGGUGAUCGGGGUGCUGGAUGACGGUAAGCCGAAGGCGGCGGCCGCCACCGCCGGUGGUGCGGCCGCGGCCAAGCCGGCCGCGAAGGCGGACGGUCCCGCGGUCAGGAAGGGCGAGCUGCACUGCAUCCCGAUGAUGAUCUUCACUCCGAUUGCCUUGUAUCCACUGCAAAAGUAUCAUACUCGUAGUAAUUGCAGCCAUGCAUUACAAAUCUGCUCGCUCCCAAGGUCAAUUAGCAUUACAGAUUCCAUUUGUCAUGCUGCGCGAAUUUGUAUUGCAAUUACUACUUGUGCGACGCCUUUGCAAUUCAUACCUUGCUGGCUAUGCCGAUCGCGCUCGUGGCCCAGUCCCUCUGUGGUUAAGGGAGAAAGCACGAGAAAUGAAGUAGGAACAUCGUGAAAUUGUGUUAUCUACAAGAAAAAUGUUACGACAAGAAUCACGUUUCUUAAUUUUCAUCUCGUUCGGAGGUUGAAGUUCAGAUACUUAUUUUGGAAUUUGGUUCGAGUUUUCCUUUCGACGGUUUUGAAUUCUUCUAGAACAACAAGUAUAAAAAUCGGUUUACGACCGAGAGAACGAAAAGCAGAUGAUGUGUCAGAGCAGGAACUGGAGAAUUAUGACGUCGAAAAGCGCUCCAAAACGACGAUGUCUGGAGCCGAGCAGGAAAGGGGAACCGUCCACGCAUCACGAAACUCAAAAUAUCACGACGAAAUGGGACGGUUCUUUCGGAAAAAAAAGUUUCUGACACCUCGACACACGGUAGCUUUCUUGUUGAGGCAGAAAAUGUCUACUCUGCUUCAUCACUACUAUGAAUUUUCCGAUUUCUGUAAUCAGAGCCUAUGUUGACGAUAAGCCUAGUAAACAAGUUUCAGAUUUAAUUGCAUGAUACUAGCAAAAACAAUCUUGCAGAGUAAGCCUAAAACGUGAUCUGCUCCUAUGCCUUCCACCUGCGACACUAAAACUGUCUUGCCUGGAGAUCGUUGGCUCAAGAAAAAAUCCUUCUAGUUGGUGGGAAAUCUUCUUGUUGACGUCGACCUUGCAGCUCAGUUGAUGUCGUCGUUGUGUGAUGGCAGUAGACAAAAACUCCUAAAUAAACACCGGUUUCAGAAAUCUAAAAUUGUCACGCUCUCUAAGGACAACUAGAAGAGAAGAACUUCAACUUCACAUCAUCAAUCCUCGUUUUCAACAAAUAUUACUUGGGUCAUCUGUAAGUCUCUUGCUUCCUUCAAGCUCCCUGUGAGUGUAAGCAAGGAGGAAUGCAAAGUAGACUCCUACAAGAUGAAUGCGUUUCUAUUUACGAUAAUUUCAAAUUUUAGUACAAAUUGUAAUCACGAUGGAGAAGCUCUGUGAAGCUCCUCGUACCUUUAUGUAUGUUCAAUUUUACAAGCAAAGGGAAGUACUACAGACAGACUUUUUAAUCCUUUAUCACAUAUGCAGAAGUACAACUUGAUUCAAAGGGUAACAAGAAAAGCCGCAAAAUUUUACUUAGAUUCCAAAACUAUUCACAAUAAAAAUCGGGGACCGUAGGCAAAGAAAGAUUUUGUGUGUGUGUGUGUGUUUUUAGGUGGAGAUAGAAGUAGUUUAUGAAAUUUAAGGUCAUAAACUAUCCACCCCUACGCGUUGUUUUAAUUAUCACGGGUAUAGAAAAUUCCUACUACAGCUUUUUCUUGCAAAUGACUAGAAAAAUGCUGCGAACAAGUUGAAAUAAGGCGAGUAAGCAAAGAACAUAUUCCCCGGAAGGCCGAGAAAGGAUUCGGCUAGUACAUGUGUGAUUCAUCGUAUGAUCAUCAGCAUAAAGGAAUUGAAAUGG